AAAAUUCCUCCUUUAAAAUAUUUUUAAUCUUAAGGCAGCAGUGAUCAUUGCAAAUGCCAGUCAGAAUGUGUCAUUUAAAAGGUGUUGUGACAGGAGUUACUUACUUCUUUAUUGUUCUGUUUAGGUUGGUCACCUGUAAUAUCACUGGUCAGUGUUGUGAAAGUUUGUCUUCAGCUUUACAGUCAUCAUACUCCUGUCUAAGAGAGCUUGACCUGAGUAACAAUGAUCUGCAGGAUUCAGGAGUGAAGCUGCUUUCAACAAGUCUGAAAAGUUCACAAUGUCAACUGAACAUACUGAGAUUGUCUGGCUGUAUGGUGACAGAGGAAGGCUGUGGUUAUGUGUCUUCAGCUCUGAGUUCAAACCCCUCACACUUGAGAGAGCUAGAUCUGAGCUACAAUCACCCAGGAGAUUCAGGAGUCAAACUGCUCUCUGAAAAACUGGAGGAUCCAAACUGCACACUGGACAAUCUCAAUGUAGAUCAUGGAGGAGAGUUGAGGAUUACAGCAGGACUACACAAAUAUGCCUGUGAUCUCACACUGGAUCCAAACACAGCACACAAUCAUCUCGUUCUGUCUGAGAAUAGAAGAAAGGUGACACAUGUGGAAGAGUAUCAGUCAUAUCCUGAUCAUCCAGACAGAUUUGAUGGGUGUCCUCAGGUUCUGUGUAGAGAGAGUCUGUCUGGACGCUGUUAUUGGGAGACUGAAUGGAGUGGAAAUGCUAUUAUCUCAGUGACAUAUAAAGGAAUCAGAAGGAAAGGAGGAAGUUGUUCCUGUGAGUUUGGAUACAAUAAAAACUCCUGGAGUUUGAUAUGUAUUAAUAAUAGAUUUACUGUCUGGCACAAUCUUAGUUCAAUUGACAUACGUGUCCCUUCACACUCCUCUAAGAGAGUAGGAGUGUAUGUGGAUGUGUCAGCUGGCACUCUGUCCCUCUACAAGGUCUCUGACUCACACACACUCACACACUUACACACAUUCACCUCCACAUUCACCGAACCUCUCUAUGCUGGAUUUACAGUUUUUGAUUCAUUGUCUCUGUCAGGUUGAAAAGCCAGUACGCAACAACAGAGACAGCUUACCUUUGGUUUGACU